AGCGGAGGUGCUCAUCUUCACCGGGAAUUAUGUGCCAGAACUGCCUGCCAAUGUCCUGGACAACUUAAAGGACUAUGGUGACCUGGACGUCAUCGAUAUGUCGAAUAACAACAUACGAUUCAUCCAAGGAAAGACUUUCCAUAAGGUCUAUUCCGUGACAACUUUGGUCCUGGACCAUAAUGACCUUGAGAUCACUGAUGACAAAGAGCGUCCCAGGAUUUUCAGCAACUUUGAGGGAUUAGAACGUCUGCACCUCACCAACGCCUUCACGGAGAGGAUUAACGCGUCCGAUUAUCUUCUGAGCUUAGAAGACAUUUUCUACGAGAGCAGAUUAGAAGAGCUGAAAGUUAUUCACCUAGAACAGAACGAGAUCUGGUCUAUUGGGAAUAACCAAAAGGUGUUCUGUCAGCUUCCCAAAUUAGAGCAGAUCUUGCUUGGAGACAACAGACUGAUGGAUUUUGACUUCAGGAUAGACUGUCUUCCUGAGUUGCGAUAUAUUGAUUUAGAGAGAAACAUGAUUUCCAGACUUACUAAUGAGGCAAUGACAAGACUAGAUGCCUUUUCUAAUAAAAAAGGAAGUUUACUACAGAUAAAUAUGGAAAAUAAUCCCUUUGUAUGCGACUGUCGCUCCGAGCCCUUCAUUCAUUGGCUGAACUUAACGAAAAUAGACGUGAUGAAAAAGGAAUCCUAUAAAUGCCAAGAUGGAUAUCCAAGAACAAAUCGCGAGAAGACACUUCAGGAGGUUCAGCAGUUGACUUGCCCUUCGUUCAAAAGCAAAACUAGUAUCAGCGACGACGUCUUCACGGAACGGGAGCUUGAAGAUUUCCACAACACCCACUAUGGAGAUCACCACAUCACUGGCUACUCGUCAGCAACUAUUGGCGCUCUGUCAUUCUUGCUGGUAUUCACUUCAUCUCUGUUGCUAGCAGUAGCCUACUUCCAUCGUCAGCAUUUAAAGUACUUGGCUACACCUCUCUGGACAUUCGUAACUAAAUACGUUGGCUAUACAGGGAUAGCCGACGAGGAAACUCCGCGGGAAGUGAAUGUCUAGUUAUAAACUAUAGCAGAGGCAUGUGUAGUAGUGUAGCGGUAUAUGUAACAAAGCGCCACUUUGAAUAUACGUUGUCUUUUGUUAGGGUAGUUUUGUACACGAUAAAUUUCACAGUCGAUAACUGUGCAGUAUGAAAAGAGUAGUGUGCUCUUGCGAAUCGUUAAUGUUUGUAUUUUUUACAGAUAAAUGUUUAUUUUAUAGAGGUUGUAGUAACUUGAAGAGUUGUAUUAACAGUAACAACAAAGAAACUAGAUGUAAAAUGAGUGAAUAGUUGGUUGUUAUUUAAUAAUUUGAUCUUAUUUUAUGAAGGCUUUGCAAUCAUUCCUUGUGAAGGAGCAAGCAAUGGGUGAAGAACGGAUUCAUAAUGUAGAGAUUACGUGAAUUUCGAUUAACAUUAGUCCUUGUAAAUCAUUGUUGUGAAUGAUUAUGAACUGUUACGUUUGUGAUGAUGUUUUUAAAGAGGAUUUAUUUUUAAGGACAAUGUUUGUUAUUUCUUCGCAUUAUUAUGAAUGAAUGUUAUCUACCAAUUAUAUUUACUUACUUUUGUACAUAUAAAGUAUAUUUUGCUUUUAUUCUUAUUAUGAUCUUAAGGAUGGGUUACUAACAUUCCAGUAAUGUAUGUAUAGACAUAAAUAUGUUCGGUGUCCCCGAAACAGGAUGCUCGUGUCUAUGUAUAUUAGUCCUACUCAAAAUUUAUUUCAAUGACUUCUCUACAUAAUUUGAACUUGUUAAUAAACACAUUAGUGCCAUAAUUAUGAGCUUUUGUAGCAGAGACUUGGGAAGUAGAAACUAGUGUUUGCAUUUAUAUAUAUAUAUA